UUCUAGACUUAGAAAUUUAAGCUAAAAAGGCCCCUCCAUAUUGGCACCUAAGAAGCACCUGCAGGAAAAAUGGCAUCCAUCACCAUGACAACAUCAUUCCUUAGCACCACUAACCUCACAAAGGGUUCUCCAAGAAUUACCCAGCGGAGACUAGUGGUUGCCAAUGCUGCUAAGGGAGCUCAAGUGGAGAGUGUCCAGAUGAGCGGUGAGAGGAAAACAGAGGGCAACAAUGGCAGGAGGGAGAUGAUGUUUGCAGCUGCAGCUGCUGCUAUUUGCUCGGUUGCGGGGGUUGCAACGGCGGAGCCUAAACGUGGUAGUGCAGAGGCCAAGAAGGCGUAUGCUCCUGUUUGUGUUACUAUGCCAACUGCUAGGAUCUGUCGCAACUGAGGCAGUGCCACUGCACUUUGCUCGAGUGCCAUGACACUAUGCUUGUUAUGGGCAGGGGCUGAAGGAUGUAAUUUAAUAAUGCUUGUAAUUUUUCAUUUUUAUAAUUGAGAAACCUAAUUUAAAUUUGUGUUUUUCUUAA